ACCUAACAGUUUUGCUGGUGAUGAGAGUGUGACUGCGUGAGAGAUCAAAUUUGUUUAACCCAAAAUCUAAAAAAAGGGGCAAUCAGCAAACAAGAAAUACGUCGAGUGCAUAUUUGGCUGCAGGGGGAGCGCAGCCUCAGCAUGCUUCAGCAGUAGGCCAGUAGCAUCAUUAAAUCUGAGUGAGAGAGAGGGAGAGUGAGAGAGAGGGGUCUUGAGAGGAGGACGGAGAGGAAGGAUAAAAAUGUUUCUGGAGCUUGAGUGAUGCCAUCUGAUAACGAAAAUGCUUCAGCGAAAAAUGGAUGGUUACCCAGUUCAUUCCAUGCCGAACUAUGAUUUCCUGUCUGGGGGUGGUUAUUCAAUGAAGCAGUUUGUUCUUAGCAACUCUGAAGGAGAUUCCUCAUCAACAAAGUCCGAGCAGUCUCGCCAAGACUUAUCUGCAGUGAGUGACAGCAGCCUCAAUGGACAACACACACCAAAACAAUCUGCCGACAACGCCCCGGAUCAAUUUGAGGAACAUCAAGACCAGGAGCAAGAAUACACUGAGCAGCAGCAAGGAGAAGACAACAAUGAUAGUUACGUGAAGCGAGACCAGGGCAUGGUAAAGUCUGUUUUGCCCUUGGGAAACCCAGAAGCUGCUUUAUCCCCUCCAAAGUUUGAUUACAACCAGCCUUUCGCUUGUAUUACUUAUCCAUAUGCUGCUGAUCCAUAUUAUGGUGGAGUCUUAACAGGAUACGCAUCAAAUGCCAUUGUUCAUCCACAACUUAAUGGUACAGCAAACUCUAGGGUACCAUUGCCUGUUGAACCUGCGGCAGAAGAGCCCGUAUUUGUCAACGUAAAGCAGUACCAUGCAAUCCUCAGGAGAAGGCAAAUGCGUGCUAAAUUGGAGGCCCAAAAUAAAUUGGUAAAAGGUCGGAAGCCGUACCUUCACGAAUCUCGACAUUGUCAUGCAAUGAAGCGAGCCCGUGGAUCGGGAGGCCGGUUCCUCACCAAAAAGGAGCUCCAGGAGCAGCAGCAGAAGGCACUGCUUUCAGUUCAGACUCCAACAGGUGGAGUCAGCAAAAUGGCCCUCGGCAAGAAUGGAUGCCCUGAAAACAGCACAUCUCGCUCGCCUUCGACACCGACGAGCUCUGGGAUCUCAAGUGUUUCAAAUGGGGGUGGCAUGCUCACUCAUCAAGAGCACAUCAGCUUCUCAUCUACUGAUUUCCUCCCCAGCAUGAACUUCAGCACCCAGAAUGGAGGUGAAAAGAGGCUGCCAAUGGCGUGCGCCACCAAGCCCCCAUCGUGAGGUGAACAGCCUCGAUUGUGGGGCGCUGGUACCAUCACUGGCACGCUCCGGUGCGCCCACGGCAAUUCAUCCUUGGCUUAUGAAGUACCUGAUAAUAAUUUGCUUUCAGUUUCAUGUGGGGUAGAGCUUGUCUAAGAUCAACCCCAUUUAUAAUUGUUGAAACAAAAAUAACUAAGGAGCUACCUGUUGAUAUAUUGUGGACACAGAAAUAUCCUGAUGCUUCUUGAUGUACCAUGUACACUACUGAAGUAUGACUGGAGAAAACGUUUAAUAAUGUAAUCGUGGUUUGGAAGAA